CGUCUUGCUGGUGGACUGGACGGACGCUCUCUCGCUCGGCUACUCUCCCCCGAACCCCGUUCCGUUCCAGUUCCAGUGUUCUACUCCAAAGCAGAGCAGCAGCCUACCCACCCCGACCCGGCUGUCUCCUCCUCUCCUCCCCCAAAUCCGCCAACCCCCCCGGGAAACAUCCUGCCUCCGAGCCCAGUACGUCGAUCCGCCCGCCGCCGGUGCCUUUGCAGUGGGAGAUUCCGGCGGGCUGCGGCUGCGGCUCGUUGUUCGGACCCGGCUGCCGGGAUCGUGCUGCGGCGCGGUUCCGGGCUGAUCCGUCCCCGCGUGGAUCGGCUUUGGCGCGGUGGGACCGUGGGAGGAGGUGCCGCGGAGAUCAGAGGUUGCGACGCUUAAGAGGUGGCUGAGGCACUGGUGGGGGGACUAGGGUUGUUUCGAGAGGGGCGGACGGAAUGGGGGGCUUCUGCUCGAAGGGAUCGGCGGUGGACAAGUCGCCCAGCGACACCACGCUCGGCCCCGACCGGGUGAUCCAUCAGCACGAGCGUGGCGCGGUGAAGGAGGAGAGGAAGACGGUGGUGGAAGAGGCUGCUGCCAAGAGGAUGCACGAGCACGAGCAGCAGCCACAGCAACAGCCACAGCAACAAUCUCCCCCUGUCCUGGAAACUGCGGCCCCUGGAGUUACCGUCGGCGCUGGGGCGGCCCCAUGGGACGGCGUGCCUCCGCUGGCACGGUUGCCGUCCCAGAAAGGGAUGGGUAUGGCGAAAGCUGGUGCUGCCAAGGUUUCUGAAGUAAGCUCAAUUCUGGGUCGGGCUGGCACCGUUGGGCUUGGGAAAGCAGUGGACGUACUAGACACACUUGGUAGUAGCAUGACAAAUUUGAAUUUGAACAGUGGGUUUGGAUCAGGCACUACAACAAAGGGCAAUAAGAUAUCCAUUUUGGCAUUUGAGGUUGCUAAUACCAUAGUGAAAGGUUGCAAUCUGAUGCGAGCUCUUUCAAAAGAGAGCAUAAAGCAUUUAAAAGAAGUGGUUCUUCACUCAGAAGGUGUUCAAAAUCUUGUAGCCAAAGAUAUGGAUGAGUUACUCAAGAUUGCUGCUGCUGACAAAAGGGAAGAGCUGAAAGUGUUUUCUACAGAAGUUAUUCGCUUUGGAAAUCGUUGCAAGGAUCCACAAUGGCACAACUUGGAUCGCUAUUUUGACAAGUUGUCAUCAGAACGGACUCCUCAACAUCACUUGAAAGAAGAGGCAGAAUCAGUGAUGCAAAAAUUGGUUACUUGUGUUCAGUAUACAGCUGAACUAUACCAUGAAAUGCAUGCCCUUGAUAGAUUUGAACAGGAUUAUCAACGUAAACUUCAUGAAGAGGAUGGUUCAAGUGUUGCCCAAAGAGGCGAUAACCUGCAAAUACUAAAGCAGGAAGUGAAAAGCCAACAGAAACACGUGAAAAGUUUGAAGAAAAAGUCUCUCUGGUCCAAGAAUUUGGAAGAGGUGAUGGAAAAACUUGUAGACAUUGUGCACUUCUUGCAUCUGGAGAUCCAUAAUACCUUUGGGCACUCAGACAAUGAAGAAUCACCGGAGCCUACAAAACGACGUAAUAGAUUGGGUCCAGCUGGUCUCGCACUGCAUUAUGCCAAUAUCAUCGGUCAGAUCGACACUCUGGUUUCUCGAUCAACUGCUGUCCCUCCAAACACAAGGGAUUCGUUAUACCAGAGUCUGCCACCAACCAUAAAAUCCGCUCUCCGUUCCAAGCUACACUCAUCUGGAACCAAGGAGGAGCUUACCGUUUCUCAAAUCAAGGCGGAAAUGGAGAAGACAUUGCGGUGGCUUGUCCCGGUUGCAAAUAACACCACCAAGGCUCACCAUGGUUUUGGUUGGGUUGGAGAGUGGGCAAAUACAGGGUCAGAAGUGAACUGUAAGCCAACAGGGCAUAUGGACCUCACUCGAAUUGAGACACUGCAUCAUGCGGACAGGGACAAGACCGAAGCACAUAUCCUUGAGCUUGUUGUUUUGCUUCAGCAUCUUAUCAGUCAAUCUAAAACUGCUAAUGGUGAGCGAUCUCCCAUUAAGUCUCCUGUCCGGUCUCCUUCCACAAUCUCAUUACCUCCAAACAAAGCCAGCAGUUCAUCGCCUCUUCUGACACAAGAAGAUCAAGAGAUGCUAAGGGAUGUCAAGUACAGGAAAUUCGUCCCUGGUAUAAGUAAAAGUCAAGAGUUCGACACAAAAUCAAGACAUAACAAGCAAAGCAGGUUGAUCAAAAGUAACAGCCAUUCACCAAGCAGUGGCAACAGGAAAGAAUUUCUGUCAAUCAGGAGUCUGCUUCCUGUCAUUGAUUUCCAGAUAGACAGGACCAAAGCUCUGGAUAUGAUCGAUAACCUUAAAGUGCAGUGAGGAAUCAAGAUCAAUCAGUGCAGUCUUAAUGUUGUUGCAAUGCGAUAUGUGAUCUUGAAAAUUCCCAUGUGGAGUGUAGCAUCUGCUGAGCCAAUUGGCAUGCUCCUAGGGGGAAGGCGCUUGCACGAGAUGGACUGGCAACAGGGUGCCAAUUUGGAGGCACCAAGCGAGAGAUGCAUGGUCUGGGAUCAAUGAUCAAGGCCAACUUGUGUAUGAUAUGGGGUGAAAAAGAAAGGGAAAUUUUAUUGUAAAAAGCAAUUUGUUGUGUUUGUUAGCUGUUGUACAAGGAAUACAAGUUUUGAAGGAGAAGGGACAUCAAAGAUCCCAGUGUCACA